CGGGCGUGGGGAGGGGACUCGGGCGUGGGGGCGUCCCCUUACCCCAUGCGUCUUCCCGACCCUUUCCGGAGGCUGGCUCACCCCUCUCUGCCCCGUCUGGGACCUGCAGGAGCAGCUGCUCCUGCGGAGACGGUGCCAGCUGUGAGGGCAGUGGGCGCAGGCCUCCAGACACCAUGAGCGUGGGCUUCAUCGGGGCUGGCCAGCUGGCCUUUGCCCUGGCCAAGGGCUUCACAGCAGCCGGUGUCCUGGCUGCCCACAAGAUAAUGGCCAGCUCCCCAGACAUGGACCUGGCCACUGUUUCUGCCCUCAGGAAGAUGGGGGUGAACCUGACGCCCCACAACAAGGAGACUGUGCAGCACAGUGAUGUGCUCUUCCUGGCGGUGAAACCACACAUUAUUCCUUUCAUCCUGGAUGAGAUUGCCGCCGACAUUGAGGAUCGGCACAUCGUGGUGUCCUGUGCAGCUGGCGUUACCAUCAGUUCCAUCGAGAAGAAGCUGACAGCCUUCCAGCCGGCCCCCAAAGUCAUCCGCUGCAUGACCAACACGCCGGUCGUAGUGCGGGAAGGAGCCACUGUGUAUGCCACGGGCACCCACGCCCAGGUGGAGGAUGGCAGGCUCCUGGAGCAGCUCAUGAGCAGUGUGGGCUUUUGCACGGAGGUGGAGGAGGACCUGAUUGAUGCUGUCACGGGACUCAGCGGCAGCGGCCCAGCUUAUGCAUUCACAGCCCUGGAUGCACUGGCUGAUGGGGGUGUGAAGAUGGGGCUUCCAAGGCGCCUGGCAGUCCGCCUCGGGGCCCAGGCUUUGCUGGGGGCCGCUAAGAUGCUACUGGACUCCGAACAGCACCCAGGCCAGCUCAAGGACAACGUCUGCUCUCCCGGUGGGGCCACCAUCCACGCCUUGCACGUGCUGGAGAGCGGGGGCUUUCGCUCCCUGCUCAUCAAUGCCGUGGAGGCCUCUUGCAUCCGCACACGAGAGCUGCAGUCCGUGGCCGACCGGGAGAAGGUCUCACCAGCUGCCAUCAAGAAGACCAUCCUGGACAAGGUGAAGCUGGACUCCCCUCCCGGCACCUUACUGGCCCCUUCUGGCCACUCCAAGCUGCUGCCCCGCAGCAUGGCCCCGGCAGGCAAGAAGGACUGAGGUGUCCAACCUGCCCGCAGGCCACUCUCUGCCUUUUCCUCCUGGGCUCGGAGCUCUGUGCUGGGAGUGUCUAGCCCCAGGCCUCACAGGAUGUCCUCACAUCCCCCGUGGCUCUGAUCCACUUGGGUCAGUGGAGCUGUAGCCAGGGAGGGGGCACAUCACUUCCCAGUGGGAACCUCCAUGGUCCCCAAGUGUGUCCUGGUCCAGAACAAGGAAGGAUUCUCUGACCUAAGCCUCCCCCUUCCUCUGCCCCCAAACCAGGUCAGGACCACCUUCCUCCAGGGCUUGGGGGGCUUCAGCACCCAGUGUCAGCUGGCUUGGGCUUGAGUACAAAGGUCAAGGUCCCCCCUGACCCACCCCACCCCAACCAUGAAGGCCCAGCCAAGGAGAGAGCUUGAUCCCACUCCUGCCCUUUCUCCACUCUGCACUCCUUCCUCAGUGUGGGAAGGGCCAGAGGGUCCCUGGAAUCCAGCAAAAGGGCCCAUGGUUCUUGGCCAGCGUGACAUUUGAGAAAAGGGCUCCUCAGAUGGUUGAACGCCCGAGGCCCCAAUACACUCAGGCCAUCAUCUCCCAUUCCUGGUCCAACCAACAGAUGCUGUCAUUUCUGUCUCUGACUUUUCAGGUUAAAUAAAUUCGUUUUCAGCCCCA